AUCAUAUAUUAGAUUUAUACUAAUAAUAGAAACCAUAAAAAUUAGAGGGUGACAUUAAUCAGAAAUUCGAAUAUGUCAAAUUCUUACCUCCGAUUGUUGUUUCUUUUGGUUCUUUACAUAAUUUCAGCUAAUUCAUCUCAACCUUAUGAAGAAAACUAUGAGGAUGCUGAGUUCACUCUACAAGUCCCAACAUUAGAGGAUACUGAUUUGGAUAAUCUCUUAUCCUUUAGUUACUACCGUAAAAGCUGCCCUCAAUUUGAAUCCAUCUUGCAUAGCAAAGUCAAAGAAUGGAUUAAGAAGGACUAUACUUUAGCAGCUAGUCUCCUAAGGUUGCACUUCCAUGAUUGUUCUGUUAGGGGAUGCGAUGGCUCUAUUCUAUUGAAUCAUGAAGGAAGUGAAAGGAAAUCACAAGUAAGCAAGACAUUAAGAGGUUAUGAAAUUAUUGAUGAUAUAAAGGCAGAAGUAGAGAAACAGUGUCCUAAGACAGUCUCUUGUGCUGACAUUCUUACAACUGCUUCAAGGGAUGCCACUGUUGAGUUGGGUGGACCAUAUUGGUCAGUCCCUUAUGGAAGGAAAGAUGGGAAAGUCUCUAUUGACAAAGAAGCAGAAAUGGUACCAAUGGGCCAUGAGAACAUUACUUCCUUGAUUGAGUAUUUUCAAUCCAAAGGCUUGAAUGUCCUUGACUUGGUUGUUCUCUCAGGGGCACAUACUAUUGGAAGGACAUCUUGUGGCUCUAUUCAAUAUAGACUAUACAACUACAAAGGAACAGGCAAACCAGACCCAUCAUUAGAUACAAAAUACCUUAACUUCUUGCAAAGAAAAUGUAGAUGGGCCUCAGAGUAUGUAGAUCUUGAUGCAACAACACCAAAAAAAUUUGACCGAAUGUACUACAUAAAUCUUGAAAAGAAAAUGGGAUUGUUAACAACAGAUCAAUUGUUAUAUUCUGAUCCAAGAACUUCUCAAUUGGUUUCAGCAUUGACUACAUCAUCAGUUUUUGAACAUCAAUUUGCUGUUUCAAUGUCCAAGUUUGGUGUCAUUGAUGUUCUUACUGGAGAUGAUGAAGGAGAAAUCAGGACCAAUUGCAAUUUUGUCAAUGCUUAUUGAUUUACUACUACUAAUUAAUUUGUUUUCUUAAAUUUAAUGAUUUUAAAUUUGUAAUUUGAUCUUGUUAUGUUACUUUAUUGAUUUGGUGGAUAAUAUUAAUUGAAUUUGCUUAUGUCAA